AUGGACGCGAGAAGUGCAAUGCACAUACUCAAUGCUCCAAGCACCAAAAGUCUGAAGUAUGCGAUCCGAUCUGGUCUCAUCAAAAACUGUCCUAUCACUGAAGAAGCGAUCAAUCAUGCCGAAGCAAUCUUUGGACCUGACGCAUCUACUUUGAAAGGCAAGUCAACAAGACCAACUCCAAAGAAGACACACGAUGACUUCUUCAGUCCACCAGAGGAAUUGUACCAACACAAUCGAACAAUUACCGUCUGUAUUGAUCACAUGGAGAUCGGAGAUGCUAAGUUUCUCACCUGCAUUGAUACCACUGUGCGUUAUUGCUCAUGUAUUCCCAUGCAGAACCUGAAGACUGACCCUGCAUUUGAAGCAUUGGAUAAGAUAUUCCGCCGCUACAAUAAGGCAGGCUUUCAUGUCAAGACAAUCAAGCGUGAUCGGGCAUUCAUCCCUCUGACGGAUGAUAUGCUAGAUGGUAUGUGUGUUACUAUUGACCCGACUGCAGCUGGAGACCACGAGCCUACAGCUGAGCGAAACAAUCGAACGCUGAAAGAAAGAGUUAGAGUAGCUCUUGCACGAUUACCCUACAAAGUGGUCCCAAAGGUGAUCACUGAAUGUCUUGGACGUCGAGCCGCCAAGCUAUUGAAUGUCUUUCCUCACAAUUCAGUCCGCAGCAUUUCAUUGAUAAUUUCAAUAUCAACUACAAGAGUGACAUGGUUGCUGGGCUUGGACAGUAUGUUCAUGCAAUUGGGACGGAUUCCAACAAUUCAAUGGAACCGCGAAGUAUUAAAGCGAUCUACAUUGAACCUACAAAGGGACAACGUACAGGGCACCGGGUGCUCAACCUCAAUACUAAGAAGAUGA